UCGCUCGCUCUCUUGCUCUCUCUCCCUCUCUCUCUUUCUCACUCUCACUCUCACUCUCUCUCUUUCUCUCUCUCUCUCGCUCUCUCUCUUUCACUCGUCUCUUUCAUUCACACAAACUCGCACACACACACACACACGCACGCGUUCCCGGAGGGCAGUGAGUCAAGGGAGUGUCGGAAAAACGUGGGUCCUGUCCUCGGCCGGCGUGAGUGUGCGUCGGGUCCGGCGCGUGCAGCGAGAGGCAUCCCGCCGUGCGUCCGUUCGUCCAAGCGUGCGUGUGUGUGUGUGAGGAGGUGAGGGGAGGAAGCUGGCGGUGAGGAGGUGAGUGAGGAGGCCCCGGCGGCGGCGGCGGCGUUAGCGGCGUGUCAGCGGCGGCGGACGUCAUGUCGGUGCCCCUGCUGAAGAUCGGCGCGGUGCUCAGCACCAUGGCCAUGGUCACCAACUGGAUGUCCCAGACGCUGCCCUCGCUCGUGGGGCUCAACGGCACCACCAUCUCCCGAGGGGGCACCUCCGAGAGGAUCGUCAGCGCCCUGUACCCCAGUCCGGAGGAGGGCUGGCAGAUCUACAGCUCGGACCAGGACCCGGACGGGAAGUGCCUGUGCACGGUGGUGGCGCCGGCCCAGAACAUGUGCAGCCGAGACCCCCGCAGCAGGCAGCUCCGCCAGCUCAUGGAGAAGGUCCAGAAUAUUACCCAGUCCAUGGAGGUGCUUGACCUGAGGACGUACCGAGAUCUGCAGUACGUCCGGGACACGGAGAACCUCAUGAAGACGGUGGACGGCAAACUGAAGAUUGCGUCGGACAACCCCCGCACCCUCAACCCCAAGAGCUUUCAGGAGCUGAAGGACAAGAUGACUCAGCUGCUCCCCCUGCUGCCCGUUCUGGACCAGUACAAGGCGGACGCGGGGAUGAUCCUGCGCCUGCGGGACGAGGUGCGCAACCUGUCGCUGGUGCUCAUGGCCAUCCAGGAGGAGAUGGGCGCCUACGACUACGAGGAGCUGCGCCAGCGCGUCCUCCUGCUGGAGACUCGCCUGCACUCCUGCAUGCAGAAGCUGGGCUGUGGCAAGUUGACCGGCGUGAGCAACCCCAUCACCGUCCGUGCUUCAGGCUCGAGGUUUGGCUCCUGGAUGACCGACACCAUGAUCCCCAGCUCAGACAAUCGGGUGUGGUCGAUGGACGGCUACCUGAAGGGCCGGCGCGUGCUGGAGUUCCGCACCAUGUCCGACUUCAAGAUCGGCCUGAACUUCGUGCAGCACCUGCUGCCCCACCCGUGGGCGGGCACGGGCCACGUGGUGUACAACGGCUCGCUGUACUACAACAAGUACCAGUCCAACAUCGUCAUCAAGUACCACUUCCGCUCGCGCAGCGUCCUGGUCCAGCGCAGCCUGAGCGGCGCCGGCUACAACAACACCUUCCCGUACUCGUGGGGCGGCUCGUCCGACAUCGACCUGAUGGCCGACGAGAACGGCCUGUGGGCCGUCUACACCACCAUCCCCAACGCCGGCAACAUCGUCAUCAGCCGCCUGGACCCGCAGAGCCUGGAGGUGCAGCAGACGUGGGACACGGGCUUCCCCAAGCGCAGCGCCGGCGAGGCCUUCAUGAUCUGCAGCACGCUCUACGUCACCAACUCGCACCUGGCCGGCGCCAAGAUCUACUUCGCCUACUACACCAACACGUCCUCGUACGAGUACACGGACAUCCCCUUCCACAACCAGUACUCGCACAUCUCCAUGAUGGACUACAACCCCCGCGAGCGCGUGCUCUACACCUGGAACAAUGGACACCAGGUCAUGUACAACGUCACGCUGUUCCAGGUCAUCAAGACCUCCGACGACUGAGCGGCGCA